AUGGCAGCACCUGCCCCCACAUCUCGCUCUCGCGCUCCUCCAGCAGGCGACGAAGAAGCAUCCACCGUUCUGAAGCUCGGAGAAUUCCAAGAUGUAGAUGCACUUACUCAUUCUGAAGCCGCACUCGUUAUCAACGCGCUUGUCGCAAAGCGUCGUGGUGAUCGCAAGAAUGUUAACGAGACUGAGAUCUUGAGUAAGACGCAAGAAUACCUGGAUCAUUUUGCGAGAUUCAAGAGAAAGGAAAACGUGGAGGCUGUAGAGAGAUUGUUGGGAAGUAGGGGAGAAUUGGCGAAAUUCGAGAGGGCGCAGUUGGGCUCAUUAUGUUGCGACACGGCCGAUGAAGCGAAGACUUUGAUACCCAGUUUACAAGACAAAAUCAGCGAUGACGAUUUGACAGAGUUAUUGGAUGAAAUCACAAAGUUGAUGGGAUUUACGAAUUAAGAGGUCCUUUGGAUUUGGUUUUGGUCACUAGAUACUCACUUAAAUUCGGUAUAUACUCGAGUACCAGAAGCCACAGAAGACUUUCAGCAUGGGUCUGAUCGAGAUUGGUUCGUUGAAGACAUCAAAAGACACCUACUACAAGAGUAGGCAGCCAUGAAGGAAAUUGUUUGGAGAACACCGAUGCAGAUAAAAUGGAUGGGCGUUGGGAAUGGAUUUUCGUUACUUUCAUAGGACGAUCCGUCAAGAAAAGAGCAUUGUUGCGGCGUUUUCUUUUUGUGGGUUUAGUUGUAGUUCGGAGAAAAUGAAGCAUGGGCAGUGAAGGAUAUAAUGAAAAGGGGCAUGAAAGCGAGUAUGGAAAUUGCGGGCAUGAAGGUGGUUGCAAUAAUACGAGGGGCAUGAGAAAUGUAUUGGAGAAAAGACGUGUAUCGUAGGUCAAGAUUUAGUAUUAAGUGUAGUGCGUAUUAUAUUGAAAGCUAUGUACAAUCCAGUUGACUAUAUCAAUCAAGAUGAUUAUAUAAUAUGCC